UGUGUCGUCUGCAACCUUCACGUAAAAAUGAAGAAAUCCGGCACAAAAAUCAUCAUCAGAGCAAGACGGCCAAAGGAGCCGGAACCUGUUCCAGAGCCGGACGAGCCUUCAGAGGCGGCUGCCGAGGAGCAAGCAAGUAGCGAAUCUGCAAACGAUGACGCUGAAGACGUACCUGCAGAGUCCGACGCGCCAGAGGACUCAAUAAGGGACGAAGAAGGCGACAAAGAGGUGGACGAGUCUGCAUCUGAUGCGCCUGCUCCAGUAAUACGUGGUCGUCCUAGAGGAAGACCUCGAGGGAGCGGACGCGGUACUGUUUCCGCUGGUACUGGACGGCCUCGGGGUCGUCCGAGAGGUAGUGGUCGGGGAAGAGGCAGAGGUCGGGGACGAGGAGAAACGAUCACCUUGAGACUACCGAAGCGUGCUGAUGGAAGCGACGGAGACGACGAUGAUGGUAAUGGCAGCCAAGCCGCCGUUGCUGAGGAAGUUGAUGUCGAAGUCCCGCGGACUACACGUAAAGGCAUACCUUUACCUCCUAUUGAGGGCGAUACAUACGUGACUGAGGACGAUCCAAAAGGUGAUACCAAGAUUGAUAUCAAUGGCAAUUUGCUCGGUGGGCGACAGUUCAAAUCGCAGACCUUCAAUCUUCCUGGUCGGCACCCCGAACGAAAAUACAUGCUUGCUAUCGACGCUGCGCGUACAUCUGGCUUCCGAGAUUCAUUAUAUUAUUUCCGACGCAACCCAUUUGCACUCAAGCUCAACGCAACACAGGCUGAAAAGGAUUAUCUCAUUGAGAUAGGCAAGCUAGGUGGCCACCUGCGAACACGGAGUGUCACUCUCGUCACCGCAAGGAGUGCCUUCAAAUUGCACGGAGCCAAAAUGCUUGUCGAUGGACGUAUCGGUAUCGACGACUACUACGAAGACAAAGCCAUUGCAGAGGCUAAAGAGCGCGGCCUCAACGCCGGCGACUAUGCUUCCGAACUGCUUGAACAGCAACAGGCAGCUACUGCAGAAGCAUCCGCCGCGGCGACGGGCAAAGUUGAGCGCUCUGGGCUUGGUCUGUAUCGUACAGGAGGACCAACAACGGUAUUUGGUGGCUCUGGUCUUGGCCCUUACAGCGAUGGUCCGCUCAAUGUUGCGAAGAAGGCAAUGCUGACUAGGGAGGGAGUGUCAGAUGAGAACUGGAUGUUCGUAAUGGCGCAACGCACUCGCGAGGCAAACUUAGAAUGGGCACGCGGGCGUGCUGAGGCCAUUAGAGGAAUCGAAGAACCGGAAGUCGACGAUGACCCCAUGGCAUCGCGGAAUAAGCGUCUCCGACGUGAAAUUAUUGCUCCUUCGUACGGACUCUACGAACCGCACACGGCAGUCAUUCACUAUGAGACCAGUACUCAGCCAACACGCGCUCGUUGGGAAGUCGUUCCGGACAGCCGGAAUGUUCUCGGUGGCACGAAAGUCGGGAACGGAGCAUGGGGCGUUGCUCGGGUCGUUACAGUCAUGGAGCUGCCUAAUCCCUCUAUUGAAGAGGAGCGCGCUCGAUUAUGUCAAGCUAUCCUGCAGUCUUUAUAGUGUACUAUCUAGUAGAGCCUCAAUUUUGUGUAUGUUUAUGUUAAUGUGUUAAUUUUAGAUCGCCACCGGAGUUUCAG